AUGUUACCAAGUGCUGCUCGUCGAUCGCUAGCUGGUCUCAUUCCUCCCAAAAUCGCUACUCCUUCCGCGGUGUCGUCUGGUUCCACCUCAGCUCGUACGGCCGCAGUCAUCGAUUUCUACUCCAAGCUCCCCAAAGGUCCUAGGCCCGAUUCUGAGCGACCGGGUGGCUUGAGAGGCAGGUACUUUGAGGGGAAGAAUGCGAGCGGUGCACCCAUCUUAGCGACCAUCUUCAUCCUCUUCGGCAUCGGAUACACCAUUGAUUACAACAUGCACCUAAAGUACCACAAGAACGGACAUCACUAG